AAAAGAAUUUGAAAUUUCCUAGACAAUCAAUCCGUUCAAUAUAAAAAGCACAUCCACUCUAUGAGUCUUUUUCUCUUUCGUUAUAGAUCAAAAAUGGAUGUAAGAGAAGCUAUCAAGAAGCAAACCGACGUCGCCAUGAUCCUCUUCGGGCACGUCUUAUCAUCCACGCCAAAAGACUCUAACGUCAUCUUCUCACCGGCGUCAAUAAACUCUGCAAUCACCAUGCUUGCAGCUGGUCCCGGAGGUGAUUUAGUCGCCGGUAAAAUCCUCUCCUUCCUCAGAUCUUCUUCAAUUGAUGAGCUCAAAGCCAUCUUCCGAGAACUAUCGUCCGUCGUCUACGCCGACAGCAGCGCGAGUGGUGGACCAAAGAUAAAGGCAGUGAAUGGCCUCUGGAUUGAGAAAUCACUUCCGACUGAUCCUAAGUUCAAGGAUCUCUUUGAGAACUUCUUUAAGGCUGUUUAUGUUCCUGUAGAUUUCCGAUCAAAGGCUGAAGAAGUGCGUAAAGAGGUGAAUUCAUGGGUUGAAUAUCACACAAAUAAUCUUAUCAAGGAUCUUAUUCCUCAUGGAUCCGUUAAAAGCGACACCAACAAGAUUUACGCAAACGCAUUGUAUUUCAAGGGAGCUUGGCAAAGACAAUUUGAAAAGUACAAUACAAGAGAUAAUGACUUCCAUCUUGUCAAUGGCACAUCAGUUUCUGUGCCAUUCAUGACCAGCUCUGAGAACCAAUACGUAAGAGCUUAUGACGGUUUCAAGGUCCUCAUGCUCCCUUAUCGACGAGGCAGUGAUGAUAUUAAUCUCAAAUUCUCAAUGUAUUUCUAUCUACCCGACAAGAAAGAUGGAUUGGAUGAUCUCUUGGAGAAAAUGACAUCUAUACCUGGAUUCUUGGUUAGUCACAUUCCGAGAUAUAGAGCAAAACUUGAGGAAUUUAGAAUUCCAAAGUUUAAGAUCGAAUUUGGUUCAUGUCUUACAAGUGUUUUGAAUCGACUGGGACUGGCUUCAAUGUCAAUGUACCAUAAAGCUUGUGUCGAGAUCGAUGAAGAAGGUGCUGAAGCUGCGGCUGCAACUGCUGUAUUAUUAGGUUGUGCUCUUAAUAUGGAUCCUCCUAAGAAGAUAGAUUUUGUGGCUGAUCAUCCAUUUCUUUUCCUUAUUCGAGAAGACAAAACUGGGACUGUUUUGUUCGUUGGUCAGCUCUUCGAACCUUCGGAAACUUGUUCGAACUGAGAU